AAGAAGCGUUUGUAGAAUUCUAACCCAUUUUAAUGAAGGCUUUGAAAGCGGGGAAUUCCCCCAAAAUCUGUUUGUAACAAAUCAAUCAGAGCCCGGCACCCUUUGUAAGAAGAAAGAAUGCGCACGAAGUACUUUUAUCUAAACCUCGUUUCUAUGCGGAUCAUAUGUCAAGAGCUAACUUUGAUCCUGUUUGCAAAUAUGCGUGCCAUAUGAAUCAUCAAUAUACUCGAUGCCGGAAAUUCUCUCUCACGGAAUGUCUUCGUUCAUAAAUGGUUGGAACGGUGGGGAAAAUGUCCGCUUCUCUUAACGACGCGUCGUGGUAUCACGGUCGAAUAACACGGGAUCAAGCGAUCGAUAUCUUACUUCAUCGUGGCAGACAAGAGGGACUUUUCCUUGUUAGAAAUAAGGCUGGUGGGUCCGAGGACAACUUUGUUUUGUCGCUAUGGCAUGGGAAUCAAGCGCUUCAUUUUCAAAUACAGUGUCGCGGAGGGAUCAAUUAUUCCAUAGACGAUGGUCCGAUUUUUGAAGGGUUAGAUUCUCUAAUCGAAUACUACCGAGAUCAAGCGGACGGUUUACCGAUGAGACUAACGCAGUUUUGUCAGGGGAAUCCGCCCCCUCGUUCAUGUAGAAAACAUGGAGUGACAACUCCACUUCAUCUCGCUUGUGCGGAGGGUAAUUUCAAACUUGUGUCGGGUUUACUUACUGGUCAGAAUCAAUCGGACAUUACUACAAGAGAUGAACAUGGUGUAACGCCACUUCACGAAGCAGCGCUUCGGGGAGAUGAAGAUAUUGUCUCGAUCUUGCUAAAGCAUGGUGCUGAUACCAAGAGUAAAGACGACGAGGGAAACACGCCGCUACAGGUGGCUUGUCAUGGAGGAUUUGCCACAGUUUGCUCUACGCUCAUAAGAGACGGUAAAGCUGAUGUUCAGGACCGCUCUCCUAUUACUGGCUUUGUGGCACUUCAUAUAGCAGCCUUAAAAGGUUUUGAUGAUUGCCUAAAAGUUCUUUUGGAGCUGGGAGCUCCACUUCACCCUCGAUCACUAGAAGGAGACACGCCUAGAGACCUUGCAAUAAAAUAUGGCCACACGCAUAUUGCAGAAAUUAUUGAUAAUUAUCCAGUGCAGUCUCCAAAGACUUUGCCGAGGAUGUGGUUACAUGAAAAUUUAGGCCGACAGGAAGCCAUUGCCCUCUUCAAAAAAUUUGGAUUGGUUGAUGGGUUGUUUCUGGUGCGGCUUAGUACACGUGACCAUGGAUAUUAUGUUCUCUCAGUUGCUGUUAACACCCAGAUUUACCAUUAUCAAAUAAGAAGUAGGUCUGACAGGUGGUUCUACAUUGAUGAUGGCCCACUUUUUGAAACUCUGCCGCAUGUUAUUGACCACUACAGUAGAUGCGCAGAUGGACUUCCUGUCCUUCUUAAGAUGGCUCUGCCUCCAGAUGGAAACCCACCAAUUGAUAUUCAAAAGAUACCAAUACCGCCUGUAAGGAAGCGCUCCCAUUUAACACCCGCUGUUAGCUCCCCUGCACUGAACACCACAAGUGGUAGAACCAUACCUGGAAGGAAUCCCCUCCAAAGGGCUGGGUCAGCUGAAACCCUGGAUGUUGACCACAGUUCUCAAAGGAGGCCCGCUAUAAAAUUACAGAGAUCCAUAAGUGAUGCCAACAGUAAUCCACUGGGCAACCAUGAUGGAGAAAAUUCAAGUAAAACAGAGGGUAGACCCCUUCUACCUCUUCCGACAAAGCCUCCACCCCGAGGGAUACGACGACCUCCCCCACCCCUACCUCAGAAUUCCAAUCCCAUAAGUCCAGCCAAACCAAGGGUACCUGUUCCUUAUAGUUCCACAAAAGUGGUAACCUCGCAAGGUCCCAUGCAGUCCACAUUGAUCAUGAAACAGUCCAUGGAACUUGGAGCCGAGCUUGGCCAGGGAGAGUUUGGUUCUGUUUUGAAAGGCAUAUGGACAGAUCCUAAAGGAAACAAGGUCCCAGUGGCAUUGAAAACGUUACAUCCAGAAAAAAUUGCCCAUGGGGAGCAGGAGUUUUUACGCGAGGCUCGAAUUAUGUCAGGAUUGGAUCACCCUUGCAUUGUGAGACUUAUCGGAGUUUGUCUCGGACCUCCGCUGAUCUUGGUACAAGAGUUAGUGCAAAUGGGCGCGUUACUAGACUUCUUAAUCGAUCACCAAUCAGAAAUUUCCCAAAGGGACCUUAAACUAUGGGCCGCUCAGAUAGCGUGGGGUAUGAUGUACCUGGAGAAAAAGCGCUUCGUUCAUAGGGACCUGGCAACAAGGAACAUUCUCAUGUCUACCAAACAACAGGUAAAAAUUAGUGAUUUCGGUCUGUCUCGUGCUACUGGAUCGGGAAGCGACUACUACAAAGCCUCACAAGGUGGCCGCUGGCCAGUUAAAUGGUAUGCUCCUGAAUCUAUUAACUUCGGAACGUUCUCACAUCAGAGUGACGUCUGGAGCUAUGGUGUGACACUGUGGGAAAUGUACUCGUUUGGUCAGUUCCCAUACGGAGAGACGUCAGGCGGCGAGGUGA